AGCAGCUAAAAGAGUUGGAGAAGGUGUUCUGUGAAGACCACUAUCCCGACACUGAGAAGAAGAUGGAACUUGCAGCUGCGUUUGGUGUGAUGCCAAAGCGAAUCCUGAGCUGGUUUCAGAAUCGCAGGGUAAAGUGGCGGAAAUCGGAGAAACUGAAUGCGAAAGGCAACAGAAACCAUCCAACAUCGUCACCUCUGUCACAUGAUUAUGGGUGGGGGACCUACUCUGUUUUCUCAUCUUUCCACAACGGGGCACCUCCUCUGCCUGUGCCUCCGUUGCCUGAUGUUGCUCGUGACCAAUCUGCCGUGCUGGAAGGAAACACUGCAGCUGGGAACUGCUCCAGCCUGCUCAGAGCACAGCUUGCACCACUCUCCUCUGCCUCAG